GGAGGUCGAGGCGGUGUCAGCGGCAACAUGGGUCCGAAAUACGAGACGCUUCGUCCGCUGCCCAAGACCCUCAUUGGUGGGCCCCCCAACUCCUCUACGGAGCAGUGGCGCGCUGCAACACGGCUUCGCUGUCGGCGCUGGAGCGCCUGGAGAAGUUCCACACCCGCGCCGCCGGCGUCAUCGCUGGCGUUCCCGUCGGGGCCUCUCGGGCGGCUGCUGAAGAGGAGGCUCGCCUUCUCUCGCUGGAGGGCGCUGCGUCGAUGCGGGGUAUCCAGUGCUAUCUGCAGUAGUGCGUGCGCAGUGGCGAGUUACAGCGACACGCCGAGGCUCUUUUCCCGCCUCCAACCCGACACACUCGGCCCUCCGCCUGAUAGCGGGAAAGUUGCACAAGCGUGGGUGCCUUUGGCACGCACCAUUGCUGCGGAGCCCCUCGACGCCGCCAACGCGCGUCUACCUUGGCACUUCGCCGCCGGGCGGAUUGGGCGCCGGUGCCGAUCCGGAGGGGAGAUGCAAGGGAUGCACGCUGCGGGUGGAGUCGAAGGCGCAUGCCCUCCUCUACACGCCCAAUGCGCGGACGGCCCCGUAGAGCUCGGAGUGCGGUCUGGCUACGCCGCUCGCUUAUUUUAG